AUGGGAACGCCCUUCAAAGAAGAAAGUCUGAAUUCAAUCAUGAAGUAUAUGGACCCAAAUUGCAGACUCCUCCUCAACCAAAAGUGUCCCGAGCUCAAAACUCUCGAAAAGAGCACUCCGCUGAAAAUCGACUACCUCCACAUCAACUCUUCCUUCCUCCAAAUCAACACAACAACCUACAAACUAGGUGUUGUCCGACAAUACACCGCAGGAGACCCGCCACAAUGGGUUCAUCAAAACAACCUUCAAGGUGGUGUGGACCAUGACUUGUCGCCGUUCGGUGAAUGCGGCAUGACACAAAAGGAUCAUGAAAGCAUUGGAAUCGGGGAACACGACAUUCAAGAAUUGAAGCGACUGGAGAGAAAACUGAAAGAUUUGGAACGACUUCCGACGUUUGUAAGGAUUAAAGUUGGGCACACUGAGAACUAUGAGAUCAGAGAGAGGCUGAAAAGGCUCCAGGAUCGGCUGGCAACGUCACGAGCGAGAUACUUCACGUGCGUUCGAUUAACUGUGACGUCACAGUUGACUGGAAUAACGCUGGAACACGUGACGUAUAACCAGGGAUUCAGAAACUUUCUGGAAUACUUCUUCAAAAAGAUUCUGGAAGGAAGGCGGAUUCGCGUCAAGACACUUCAUGUGGAUCAUGACGUCCAGAGAUGGAAUAUGAACAACAUGUUGGCACCAAAAAGUUUGGAAAUCAGAAGACUCAAGAUCGAUAGGAAUACGGAUCAGAUUUGGGAGUGUGUUCGAUCGUGGUUAAUAGAGGAGCACGGACAGUUGGAACUGUUGAAAGUUUAA